CACUAGAGAAGAAAACAAGUAUCUGGAUUCAUUCGUGUCAAUACCACUCACAUAGAUUCAUUUGUCUUGCCAUUGCCAAAGGUGUACAAUACCCUUCUGAGCCUCCCAUAAAAUGUGAAUUGUUUUCCCUUCCGCACUAUUGCCAAACUUCAAUCAUUGCGUGCUUUCAUGUUGCUUCCACGGCAUUUCCCUGUUUCUGCUCCCGCACAGCAUAACACAUUUCAAGCUGUCAUGGCAACAGACGGCCUGCGAUCCUACACCACGUUCGCCUACGAUGUCAACUCCAUCCAGUGGUCGAUCCCAGUGCUGCGUAACCCACGGGUCACGUACGGUCAUUCCGUUAUGGGCUAUUCAACGCCGGAGCAAUAUUACAAUGACAGGCGGUCAGGCACCUUCAGAAUCAGCGGCAUCGAUGAUCAAGUGGACUCCGUCAACCAAUACCUCUUCCAGCAAGCGUGCACUGAAGGAGCCAUGUAUAUCUUCAGGCUAUACAAAGGUGUCAUUGACGGUCCAAGGGCAAAGUGCCUUCGGUGGUAUGCAUCUCAACCAGACCCAAGGACAUGGAUGAAAUACUUCAAUGCUUGUCCACAGAUCCUUGCGCAAGCUCAAGCCGACUCCCGAUUUCAACUCAUUCGGAAACUUUCCCCGCGGACGUGCUUCCAGAAUUCUGUCCCAUCCAUCACCGGUUCAUCUCAGGAGUGCUGUUAUCGAACACUGCCCUUGGGAUACGGGGCAUUCCUUGAAGGUCCACCUGAUGGUGGUAACUCAGUACGCUUCUCUUGGCUGAGCUUUGAGCCGACUACAGUCAGCUACGAGGAGACCCUGCCACGGCAAUGGUGCUGUGAGGACUCAGCUCUCUGUCACCUGUACUGGGAGAAACGACCUAGUCAGUCUAGCAUCGCCUAUUCCAGGCAGAGUCUUGGAACUGUUGCUCUUCCGAUCAUCCGCACUAUACCCGGAGGACAGUAUACAAUGUUUCAAAGAGGCAACUUCCUACUGGUGGAUAGUCCUGGUUAUUUCCGGUGUGAAAUUGUGAUUUCAAAGACCAGUGGGGACGGGCCUCAACAGGUCACCAGCAUUGGCAUGCAGGGAAACAGCACUGACCAGUGUGUAGCCGGUGUGUCUGCUGAGGGUGCACUCUCCUUCACUGUUAAUGGUCAACCGUUGAGUAACAAAGUGUUCAAAGUGUUCAGUGACGACGGUGUCAGCAUCACGUACGAGUGUCUGCAGUGGAAUCGAAACUGCACCAGGGUUCCGAGCAACAGUACGACCGCUCCGCGGCCGACACCGAUUGGCAUCAGCGCUCAUAACGGCUUCAGCGUCAUCGUGCACAAUCGCACUCACGGCAGCGUGGUGUUUGAAAGUGGCUUCUCGGUCGACCUUGUCCUCUUUCCGCACAGGAGAACCAUUGCUGUCACAGUCGGCUGUCCACAAAGCCUUCUGAAUAGCAGCCGAGGUCUCUUAUUCAUAGAUGGACCGUCUCUACUGCCAAUACAGGGCGAUGCAAUUAAUAGAUGGAAAUUGAACUGCAGUGCACUACAAUUAGCCAAGGAUCCACGCUGUGCAUCAAAUGGUACCAGUACCAUGUCACCCACCACAACGAGCAGUCCAACAACCCUGCCACCUGAGUAUUAUGAUGACUUCUGGCCGCAAGUGAACGAAACAUGCAAGUCAUGCAAGAUCAACAACGCUCUGUGCCACCUGGUGGCAAAUAUCACCAAAGAUCUCAACUAUACCAAAGAGCUGAUGCGCAUCAUAGGGUGCGGUGAAGUUGUCAAUCCAAUCCGGGUGAAUACAACAUCUCCCGUGUUUAUAUCCUCGGGAGGGCUAUUGACAGUGGACCUCUCCAAUGUCACACUGGAUAAAAGCUCAUAUCGGGUUGAGCGAAUACCAGCCAAGAACUCUUCGUUCUCAGAUGAGCGAACAAGCACCCGGCCUGACAUCUUUGUUCUGGCAGUGGACUUCAAUGUGAAAGCCACCAAUCUGCAGUUCCUGAUCAUUUCUCCAGAUACAUCCGCCACCGUGCUCAUUCGUCCCAUUGUCUACAUUCGCAACUGCAACAACGGGGGAAACGUCUCCCAUGCCACAUUCUCCUCGCGCAGUUCAGAGCGGACGCGCAUCCAUGCAUGCGAGUGCCCUCCUGCACGCGCUGGCGAAUUCUGCAAGGAUGAUCGGGACGGGUGUAAGGCGGCGUAUCAACCCUGCUCCGACGGCGUGGACUGUUUCGACAAGCCUGCGCCGGACACUGGCUACCUGUGUGGCGCCUGUCCUCCUGGUUUUACUGGAGUCGGAAAGAUCUGCAUAGAUCUUGAUGAGUGCAGGAACCGGUCAUCUUCACCAUGUCAGCAGGUCUGUGCCAACACACAGGGCAACUAUACAUGCGCAUGCAACGCUGGCUUUGCUCUGAAUCCUGAUGACAAGACGUGUUCUGAUCUCAAUGAGUGCACUCUCAAUACUGAUGACUGCGAGAAAUUCUGCAACAACACGCAAGGAUCAUAUCAAUGUUAUUGUGAUGUGGGCUUUGCUCUCAACGGAAGCAGCCGUUGCUCGCCCAUUCGGCCCUGCAAGGAUAACGGUGGCUGUGAACAGCUCUGUGUGCAGGAUCUAACCACACACACUGCUAUUUGCAGUUGUCAAAGGGGCUACACGUUGGAUGCUGUCAUACAUGGCAAAUGCAAUGAUAUUGACGAAUGCCACGGUGCAUCGGCAUGUUCGGAUAUAUGCCAGAAUACCAAUGGUUCUUUUCUGUGCCACUGCUCAUCCGGAUACUCCCUUGCAACCGACAAAGUAACAUGCGAAGAUAUUGAUGAAUGUGCAGGGUCGGUUGACUUAUGUCCACAAGACACAAUGCACUGUAGCAAUACGAGAGGGUCGUAUGCGUGCCUGUGUAAUAUUGGAUACCAGAAAAACAAUGUAACGGCUAUAUGUGAAGUUAUAUCAUGUGGAGCGCCUGUCGUCCCUGCCAAUGGUGGCAUUACCAGCAUAGGCUCCGAUUGGCAUUACGGACAGACAGUUACCUAUUUCUGUUAUAUUGGCCACUCCCUGAUUGGCGCUAAGAGAACGCAUUGCCUUGAAAGCGGCAAAUGGUCGCAACCUGUUCCAACUUGUCAGAUCAUCGACUGUCCUGCGCUGCCAUUGGCUCCGCACCUGAAAUCAUCAUCAAACAAAACAAAAUACGGCAGCAUUUGGAAGAUGUACUGUUCUCAGGGGUAUACUUUGCAAGGCAAUUCCCAACUGAAAUGCUUGUCAACGGGAACGUGGAGUGGAGUGCUACCAGUGUGCAAUAUCGUGCAUUGUUCAGCGCCGGAGGUGGGAAACGGAACCCUCUUGUCGAAUGCCACAUCGUUUGGCAGUGCCAUCCACGUGCGGUGCAAUGAUGGCUACAAACAGUACGGAGCAGGGCACUCACUACUGACCUGCCUCCACACUGGGCUGUGGAAUGGCUCGUUCAUAGAGUGCAAAGAGUGUGCUUGCAAUGUUCUUGGAUCUAGGAAUGGUACAUGCGACAAGCUGUCAGGGCAAUGUCCCUGCAAGACACUGACCACGGGAUUGGUGUGUAGUGAGUGCGUAUCUGGGACUCACUAUUUAAGCGCGGACAACCAAGAUGCGGGUUGCCGGCAAUGCAAUUGCUCUGGCCGCUCGGCCGUCUGCACGACUGCCAUGGUCGGGCCUGGCGUCACGGCAAGCUCGUCAAACUGCUCGUGCCCAGCGGAGUACACUGGCCUGAACUGUGAACACUGCUCGGCUGGUUACACAUCGACGCCAGGACCAGGCGCGGCCGCGUUGCAUCACCAAUGUGUUGCCUGCCGGUGUAACAAUCACUCUAAUUCAUGCAACAGGGACACAGGUGUAUGCACCACGUGUAGGCACAACACAGCAGGAGAGCACUGUGACCGCUGCGGCGAUGGAUUCUACGGAACCGCCGUGGGCCAGGCUGGCUGCACGACAUGCCAUUGUCACCAGGAUGGCAGUGUGAACAACAACUGCAACCAUACCACUGGUCACUGUCUUUGCCGGGCGAAUAUUCUCGGCAGGGAUUGCGAUCAAUGUCAGGACAGGCUCUAUGGCUUUCCCACCUGCAAUGCGUGUGCUUGCAACACUCUCGGGAGUGUUAAUACGUCUUGCAAUGUAACCAGUGGACAAUGCUCAUGCGGCAUCAAUGUAGAAGGUCGUCAGUGUGACAAAUGUCAAGCGAAUCACUACAACUUUCCAUCCUGUUCAAACUGCAACUGUAGUUCCUUUGGAACACAACAAGGUUCUCAAUGCAAUACGAGAAGUGGGCAAUGCGUGUGUUUACCGAAUGUAAUGGGCAGACAAUGUGACCAAUGUGUGAGUGGACACUACAACACCACCUCCAGUAAUGGAUGUCAACCAUGUGGAUGUGAUAGUCAAGGAAGCAGUGCUUUGGACUGUGACCUUGCCAGCGGACAAUGUAACUGCCGUACGAAUGUCAUCGGUAAACAAUGUUAUCAUUGCGCAUUGCAUCAUUACUCCUUUCCAACAUGUAGACCAUGCAACUGUGAUGCUGUGGCAACUGAACAAGGUACACAAUGUGAUGCUCUCAAUGGUGCUUGUGUUUGCUUACCUGGGGUAACCGGACGACAAUGUGAUCAAUGUACAAGUUUAUACUAUGGAUUUGCUUCUGGCACGGGCUGCACUCAAUGUGGCUGCAAUACUUUGGGGAGUUUGAAUCCUUCUUGCAACGUGACCAAUGGACAAUGCCCAUGCGGUGUCAAUGUAGAAGGUCGUCAGUGUGACAAAUGCCAAGCAAAUCACUACAACUUCCCGUCGUGUUCAAAUUGCAACUGUAGUUCCAUUGGAACACAGCAAGCUGCUCAAUGUAAUACGAAAAGUGGGCAAUGCGUGUGUUUACCGAAUGUAAUGGGCAGACAAUGUGACCAAUGUGUGAGUGGAUACUACAACACCACCUCCAGUAAUGGAUGUCAACCAUGUGGAUGUGAUAGUCAAGGAAGCAGUGCUUUGGACUGUGACUUUGGCAGCGGACAAUGUAACUGCCGUACGAAUGUCGUUGGUAAACAAUGUGAUCAUUGCGCAUUGCAUCAUUACUCCUUUCCAACAUGUAGACCAUGCAACUGUGAUGCUGUGGGAACUGAACAAGGUACACAAUGUGAUGCUCUCACUGGUGCUUGUGUUUGCUUACCUGGGGUAACCGGACGACAAUGUGAUCGAUGUACAAGUUUAUACUAUGGAUUUGCUUCUGGCAUGGGCUGCACUCAAUGUGGCUGCAAUACUCUAGGGAGUAUGAAUCCUUCUUGCAACGUGACCAAUGGACAAUGCCCAUGUGGUGUCAAUGUAGAAGGUCGUCAGUGUGAUAAAUGCCACGCAAAUCACUACAACUUCCCAUCGUGUUCAAAUUGCAACUGUAGUUCCAUUGGAACACGGCAAGGUGCUCAAUGUAAUACGAAAAGUGGACAAUGUGUGUGUUUACCAAAUGUAAUGGGCAGACAAUGUGAUCAAUGCAUCAGUGAACACUAUGGGAUCUCGACUGGAACUGGCUGUACUGUAUGUGGGUGCACAGAAAAAGGAUCUACAAGCCUGGAGUGCAAUCAAACAAGCGGGCAUUGCACAUGCUUGGAAAGUAUCAUUGGCAGAACAUGCGACAUGUGUGAACACAAUCACUUUGGCUACCCCCUGUGCGGUCAGUGCGACUGCGAUCCGCUUGGUUCACUUUCCGGCAGUGUGUGCAACACGGUGAAUGGCAAGUGCGCCUGCAAACCAUUUGCAACUGGCGUCAGAUGUGACCAAUGUUCACCUGGUUUCUACCAUCAGGAGAAAGGAGGCAGUCUUUCCUGUGCCGAGUGUGCGUGUAAUCCGAGCGGCACGGUGACCAACACAACAUGCAGCACACAAAGCGGACAGUGCCAAUGCUUGACGAACGUUACUGGCCGCCAGUGUGGCGAAUGUGCAGCAUUUCACUAUGGCCUGCAGAGCGGCAAGGGCUGCGAGGUGUGUCCGUGCCUAGCUGCCAGUAGCAGCCAGUGCCACGAUAAUUAUCCAGACUUUGAGUGCCAGUGCAAGGCGGGGUACAAGGGAGCAAUGUGUGAUGAGUGCAUGCCAGACUACUAUCAGCUGGAUGAGUCCUGUGAGAGUCCACCGUGCUCACCACGCCUCGUCUGCCAAGGUUGUGGUUGCUUUGCAAUCAAUUCAACAUUCGUGAAUAACAUCGGUAAACUCGAACUGUGCAAUGAAGAUGGACAGUGCAUGUGCAAUAGCCGCUCAACUGGACUGAAAUGUGACAUUUGCAAUCACGGCUAUCAUAUGACAAACACUUCUGGGUGUGAAGGAAGUAUGUCCGAUGUAGCGGGAAGCCCACAACCACCUGAAUCACAAACCAGUCACAAAACAGUAAUUGCACCAAUUGUUGCCAUAGUGUUGGUGGUGCUGAUAGUAAUCUGCCUUGUUGUAGUUUACAAGAAAUAUUAUGUAAGACGACCCAUUGGACAGUCCGGGGAUGAGGACAGGCUGAUUUCGGAGGGAAUGUCGAAGCAAUCACCCGAUGACAGUCCGGCUGGAAGUCAGCCCUCGAGUCGCUCUCCCAGUGUCGUCAAUAUGGCGUUGUACAGCAGUCAAGACAACUCUCCAACUGCCCCACCUAUAACUCCACGCCGUAACAGUUUUUUGGAGCCGGCUAGCGGUGGUACAGGAAGGGACGGCAGCGGUAUGCCAAACAUGCCAACACACGUGCGGCUUCCACCCACGUCGCCAACUGCGCUGAUGUAUCCGCAUCUUCCUGCACCGACUGGGCAAGCACCAACCGGGCAAGUAUCCGCUUCACAACCUCCUCCCAGUUACGACAGUUAUAUGGCUGGUACUGGCGCGGACCCGUGGAGAGAUUUGAUCACCCACUUGCCUGAUGCCACCGCACCGGCAAGAAGACUGGAGCCACUCAGACCUGACGAUGGUGCGGCAGCCAACGCUCCAUCUCGAUCGCCAAGAAGAAGCCGGAGGUAUCAUGCAGACGGCGUUGAACACGACACGAAAGUCUAGAACGUGCCGGGAGGGCGCCAGUGUGUGUGUGUGUGUGUGCGCGCUCGCGCGCGUGUGUGUAUGUGAAUGUGUGUAUGUGUAUGUGUGUGUGUGUGUGUAUGUGUGUAUGUGUGUAUGUGAGUGCCAGCUAGUUCGGUUGGUAGGUACACGUAUGCCUGAUUGUGUUGGGUCUGUUGCCAACAGGCUCGGCUGCUUGAAGGUGUAAUGUUGUACCUGCCACCUUUGUUGGUUCCAGGGUUCAUAUACUUUCUAUUUGAAGUAUACAUACCUGUUAACCAUGGACUGCUUCUGGCUAGAUUAACUCUUGUGUAAUCAAUGGUGCUAGUGAAGCUUUUAUCAGAUCCACUCUGAUUUAGCCACUCACACUAGUAGCAAAUAUUACCUUCACUGGGGGCCGGGGUAACUGCAGUUGGAUCCCAGGACGGAUACCCUGAUGCCGUCAAUCCUUUUUCUGCACCUUGUCCUCACCCACUUACUGAGGUGUGGUGAGCCCAUAAGUGGGAUCAUUUUCAAGUCCACCCAGAGUUUUGGGGAUUUCAGGGGGUGUCGGCCGUUGGGCGGUUCAAUAACCAGUUGAGUCAUCUUUCCAAGAUUCCUUUUGAGUCUCUCUCCCCUCUCCCGGGGGGACUCACGUGACCAGUUUUGGCAGUGCGCAACAAGUACAAGUACAAGUGUGUGAGUGUGUGUGUGUGUGUGUGUGUGUGUGUGUGUGUGUGUGUGUGUGUGUGUGUGUGUGUGUGUGAGUGUGUGUGUGUAUGUGUGUAUGUGUGUGUGUGUGUGUGUGUUUGCAUGUGUGAGUAUGUAUGUGUGUGCGCACUAAUUACUCUUUUACUAAACGAUCAUGCAAUUAUCCAAUUAUACCUGUUAGCCAACAGUGCCAAUAAUAGAAUCACAUACAGAUAUCUGUUGCGUCAACAUGUAGUAGGCGUAGGUUAGCUCCCAAUAAUAGGACCGGUUAACUGAUUGUGAUCUCUUCGGAUGCACAAUCCAGGCUACUGGUUAUUCUCUACGAAAACGGGUUACUUGAUUACUCACAAAAUGUAGUUUGCCUUAAUUUAUGUGUGGCUGGCACAAUGGUUUCAUUCACAAUAGAUAGCUCACAAGAUAGAACAGCUGACAAUCUAGAGAUCAGACUGAGGCUUUCGUUCUCUUCUUUUUCCACUGCUGAUUGCUGUAUCGCUGAGUAUCAGCUCCGCUAUUUCCAGCAAUAUUUGUAUUGCCCUGCUCUGGGCAAAUUGCAGUCACAUGUUCAGUACUCGAGUUGUACUUCCCGAACUGA